AUGUUCCGCUCCUGGCGGAAUAGACUGCGGGAACUGGGGCAGGAGGCGAAGCGUGCAGCACAAUGGAGUGUUUCUGAGGCCAAAGCGAAUAGCACCGGCCCGGUGAACGUUCGGAACGUACUGAGCCGGUGGGAGCACGUCGGGCAACGGCUAGCUACAUUCGGUGAGCGCUUUCAGCGACUUAGCUUUGCUGGAGCCACGCUAUACCAGAUGUUGCAUGAUUGGGUUGGAUUCGAAACGUCGAUAGAGCGUAUUUUGAGGAGCAUGCAGGAGUUUAUGGCAAACUGGCGCGACGCAGUACCCUCAUCGCCGUUUGUCACAGAGCCCGGUACCAGCGCAUCGAACAUGGAACCGGACGCUACACGACGGGCGCUCUGGGCGCAAUGGAACGAGUGUCAGCUGGACCUUGAAGAACGAGUGCUGCGCGUGACUGAGAAACGUCUCCGGCUGCGGGUUCAGCAGCCGCUAGCGAUGGCACUCAAUGAAGGUCAGGCGCUCCUCGAGGGCGUCCUUGGCUUGGUCGAAGAGAUUCAACAAGCACAGGCAAGUUUGCGGCAGCUAAGUAUGCAGAGUGGUGCAUAUGGGUACGUUGGUUCUGUGGAAGAAGUCUAUAAUAGUGUGAUGGGACCUCUCUUGGGCAAGUGCGAGGAAACCUGUGUGCACCUCGAAGCGUGGAUUCUGGCCCGCUCGGAGCUACUACCGAGUUGCCUCACAGAGCUGCUCGAAAUUCAACGACAAUUUUAUGCAGCGGCCUCUUUUGUGGUGACGGAGCAGCACCGCCUUCAUGGCGAUGAUUCUUCGAAGAAGGCUGCGACGCGGAACAGGCCGAACAGGAGGCUUGAUUCGUGCGGGAAUCCCGCUGGUGCUGGAACUGGAGCUGGGACUGGAGCUGACGGGGGCGCUCCAUCCAAUGAGGCCGCUCUCGGUCGGUCUGCUCUGCAGCGCCUUUCGACUCGGAAGCAGAUGGAACGAUCCACGGCGACCAAGCCGGAAACGUUAUGGCAAACAUUACACGAGAAAUGGCGCCCUACGCCGACAACUGGCGCAUCCGAAUUGGAUGCAAGUUCCUUGGAUACUGCUUUUGAACGAGGACUGGCCGUAAUGACGGACGCUGGAGCAAGCACAGCCGCCGCACCAGUGGCUGACGUCGUGAGCUCUCGAGGAAACGCCCGGGCAGGGUCAUUAUCGUCGCCGCCGUCGACAUCGACUUGGCCUGCUGGCCAUUGCGCAGAGGAUCAGACGUGCACAGCAAGGCCUAACGCUCCCAAGGGACCACUCGAAGAUCAGCUUGUGGAUAUUGAGGAAGAGUCUGAAGACGUGUCACAAAGCGCCCCUGCUCAGGCAACGGCGCAUCACGCCCCGGCUGGAACACCAGCGGAAGCACCUGCGCUGCAUCCUGCCUCCAGCUCAAACGCUGUGUCAGUAGCGGCUGCUACCGCGAUGGAUAGCGGUGCACAGGAGGCAAGCCCCUGGGAUGAGGUUAAUGAAGUCGUCGACGAUCCACAGCGUGUCCGGGCUUCCAAUGCUGCCACACCCGAACAAUUUCUCCAGGCGACUCGCAGGAGCAACGGCAACAGUACAGGCAGCAGCAGCAGCAGCAGCACAACCGCUGAGCGGCGUAAGCAUGCGAUACGCUCGACCCCCACUGCACAUGAAGCUCGUGAACGAUACACGGCGGACAGUAGUUCGGUCACGAUCGAAACAGAAACCUCCACUGGUUACCGUGAGGUCACCUCUGGGACACGGGAAACUUUGGAGCCGCAAGAUGGCACCGCUACCCCAGAAGUCAUCUUUGUCGUCGAGCAACGCAUCAGUGAAUGGACGCGAAACGGAUCGCGAGCACAUAACAUUCGAGCGCUUCUGAGCACUUUGCACGAGAUUCUAGGUGAGGACUCUGGCUGGGAGCGUCUCACUGUGCAGGCUUUGCUGGAUGAACAGCAAGUGAAGGUCGCGUAUCGGCGAGCGCUGCUCUUGACACACCCCGACCGCGGGGCGGCGAACGACAUCCGCCGCCCUGCCGAGCGACUCUUGCGGGAACGUGUUUUUGAGACGUUGCGAGCAGCCUACAAGUCGAACUCUAUUGCGUAG